AUGAAGCUCUGCGCGCCGCAGGUGCUGUUGGCCCUGUUCCUGUCCACGCUUCUGGCCCAGGCAGAAGCCAGCCGGAGGGCGGCCACCCAGGCCCGCAACACCACCCUACCCGCUCUGCUCAGGUUGUCGGAUCACCUCCUGACCAACUACAAGAAAGCGGUACGGCCCGUGCGGGACUGGAGGAAGCCCACCACCGUCUCCAUCGAUGUCAUCAUGUAUGCCAUCCUCAGUGUGGAUGAGAAGAACCAGGUACUGACCACCUACAUCUGGUACCGGCAGUUCUGGACUGACGAGUUUCUGCAGUGGACUCCCGAGGACUUUGACAAUAUCACCAAACUGUCCGUCCCCACAGACAGCGUCUGGGUCCCUGACAUUCUCAUCAAUGAGUUCGUGGACGUGGGAAAGUCUCCGAACAUCCCGUACGUGUAUGUGCAUCACCACGGCGAAGUCCAGAACUACAAGCCCCUGCAGGUGGUGACGGCCUGCAGCCUUGACAUCUAUAACUUCCCCUUUGAUGUGCAGAACUGCUCCCUGACCUUCACCAGCUGGCUGCACACCAUCCAGGACAUCAACAUUUCCCUGUGGAGGUCACCAGAAGAAGUGAGGUCAGACAAGAGCAUCUUCAUGAACCAGGGCGAGUGGGAGUUACUGGGAGUGCUGCCCCAGUUCCAGGAGUUCAGUAUGGAAACCAGUAGCAGCUAUGCAGAAAUGAAGUUCUACGUGGUCAUCCGCCGGCGGCCUUUAUUCUACGCAGUCAGUCUCUUGCUGCCCAGUAUCUUCCUCAUGGUGGUAGACAUCGUGGGCUUUUGCCUGCCCCCGGACAGUGGCGAGAGAGUCUCCUUCAAGAUCACACUCCUUCUGGGAUACUCCGUCUUUCUCAUCAUUGUGUCGGAUACCCUGCCUGCAACGGCCAUCGGCACGCCCCUCAUCGGCGUCUACUUUGUGGUCUGCAUGGCUCUGCUGGUGAUAAGCCUUGCCGAGACCAUCUUCAUUGUGCGGCUGGUACACAAGCAGGACCUACAGCGGCCCGUCCCGGACUGGCUAAGGCACCUGGUCCUACGGAAAAUAGCCUGGCUGCUCUGCCUUGGGGAGCAGCCAAUGACCAAUAGGCCUCCAGCUACCUUUCAAGCCAGCAAGGCUGAUGACUGUUCAGCCAUGGGAAACCACGUCAGCCAUGUUGGGGGACCCCAGGACUUGGAGAAGACCUCAAGGGGCAGAGGUAGCCCUCCCCCACCACCUAGAGAGGCCUCGCUGGCUGUGCGUGGGCUCUUGCAAGAGCUAGCCUCCAUCCGGCACUUCCUGGAGAAGCGGGAUGAGAUGCGGGAGGUGGCUCGGGACUGGCUACGAGUGGGGUAUGUGCUGGACAGGCUGCUCUUCCGCAUCUACCUGCUAGCUGUGUUGGUCUACAGCAUCACCCUGGUCACGCUCUGGUCCGUUUGGCAUUAUUCUCGAGUGGACACAACCCAGCAGGGUACUCGGGGCUGGGAUCUCCACUAUCAGAAAGAGUUCCUGGAUUCUAACUUCCUGCUAGCUCCUCUGGUGAACCAGGAUUGA